AGCUUCCAAACUGUGGGCGUUUCUUCCUCAGUCUUGACUCCAGAGUUUUUUCUUUUUUUUUCCUGGGUGUUGCCUGCCUGCCUGGUUUACAACUUUGGAGUUUCACCGGAAAGAGGAACAAGUCGGCCAAUAUCUGCAACGACAACAUUUUUAACUUUUCGGGAACGUAAUCGAGGCUCCAUCACUUUUUUUUAACGCUGUACUUUUAACGUGACACACGUUUGACCGGUUUAUUUUAGCCGCCGUUAGCUUGCGAAGCUAACUGAGAUCGAGCUGUCCGAUGCAGGCCAUUAAGUGUGUGGUGGUGGGGGACGGGGCGGUGGGUAAAACAUGCUUGCUCAUCAGCUACACUACCAAUGCCUUUCCUGGAGAGUACAUCCCCACAGUCUUCGACAACUACUCUGCCAAUGUGAUGGUUGAUGGGAAACCAGUGAACCUGGGCCUGUGGGAUACAGCAGGACAGGAAGACUACGACAGACUCAGGCCACUGUCCUACCCACAGACAGAUGUGUUCCUGAUUUGCUUUUCACUAGUCAGUCCAGCCUCUUUUGAAAACGUCCGUGCCAAGUGGUACCCGGAGGUGAGACACCACUGCCCCAACACGCCCAUCAUCCUGGUGGGCACCAAGCUGGAUCUGAGAGACGACAAGGACACUAUCGAAAAGCUCAAGGAGAAGAAACUCUCCCCCAUCAUCUACCCGCAGGGCCUGGCCAUGGCUAAAGAAAUAAGUGCAGUGAAGUAUCUGGAGUGCUCAGCUUUGACGCAGCGCGGCCUUAAGACAGUGUUCGAUGAAGCCAUCAGGGCGGUCUUGUGCCCCCCACCCAUCAAGAAGAGGAAGAGGAAGUGCGUAGUAUUGUAAUGGAGAACCACAGGGAGUAGAAAAUACAGUUGCAGUCAGAACUCACCUACUCGGAGGGAAGAUGUUGGUGGUGGGGGGGGGAGGUUUUCCCCAAAUAUCAAUUCACCCCCCUCCCCGUGUCCUUGCUUAUAUAGACGCUCCGGUAGAUCAGACUUGUGUCUGAAAGAACUCGACAGAUUUAAGCAGCGCUGAAGGUUCUCUGUAAGAUCUGGUUCCUGGUUGCUUACAUCAGUCCAGUCCUUUCAGACACGACAAGAAUGAAGUGACUUUGCAAAGGCCUUGGUGAAUGUGAGGGGGAUUUGAUUUGGGUUUAAGGAGUAAGAGGGAGGAUUUUCCAAAAAAAACAAACAAACAAACAUUCAUGUCAUUUUUCUCAGACAUUGUUGGAAGAAACACUACUUGAACGUGAUUUUUAUCAUAAAAUUACCAUAGAUUUAACUCUAAAGAGAAGGACGUCCUGCACUGCACUCUUUCCCCUACACACUAAGAGAUUCCUGCUGCCUUGAUGAAAUUUUACUUUAAGAAAGCUUUUUUUUUUUUUUUUUUUAGAACAUCUAAUUUCUCCUUUUUUCAUGGUCAGUCUCUUUGUCAGCUGUUGUUGACGGACCAUUUUGUUUACAUUUGUCACCUGACCAGACUGACGUGUCGCCAAAUCUCAGUCAACGGUCAUCAAUUUGUCGUCACUCCAUGAACACUAAAAUGUUUUCUUUUCCUUUUUUUUUUUUUUUUUUUUUUUUUUUUGCUUUAACUUGUACAAGAUACCACCAUGCAGUCAUGAAGAAACGGUUUAACCCUUUUGUGAAGAACUUUUUUUGAACUUUAAAUAACAAGUGUUGUAGCAGCUGCUAAGAUAAGUAAUGAUUACUCUCUACGGUGAAUGAGCAUUUAAAACAGUCUCUUUUAGAUAUUUAACAGAUAGUUUGCUUAUUUUGUCCCUUAAAGCUUUUUAGAUGAACCACGCCAUCCCUGUGCCCAUUGCUUCUCAUCUCACUACGUGUUAAGAGAACACACACACAGUAUUUCAUGACUGACUGUUGGGCAUGUGAAGGUGCAGUGCAGCCGGUUGGAGAUUCUCAGUCAGCAGAGGCUCCUUUUGUGAAGUUUAAUCAACCUAAUUAUUUUUGUUUGUUGCUUCCCUGGCCUGAGAUGUGACUGUUGUGUUGUCAGAAACACAUCUUUACUCUCCAGUGUUGUUGGCCUGGUACACACUCUCCAUUUUUCUGUAAAGGUUAUACCCAACAUUUCAAGUUCUCACUAAAUUCUUGCUCAGAGAGUUCUUUGGAUAUUUAGGCUUUUUAUUCAAUAUAUGAUGCUCACUUUGCUAUCUCGAUGGUAUGUAACCAUGUCAUUUUGAUCCAAUCUACUACUGUGUUUCAAGUUAAUGAGCCAGAGUAUAAACACUCAGAGGUUGCAACUGAUUUUAAUGUCUCUGUUGUACAAUUUGACCUUCAGUAGUAACUUUUCAGCAAAUGCAUUUUAUUUUUAAAUGAGCAAAGAUCAAAAUGCAUGGAUGCUUUGGGGAGCCACUGUAAGUCAUCAUUUCAGUUUAAUUUUAUCAGUGUUUCAUUGGCGCAGUGGAAGUGCACACAUGGAUUUACUUUCUUGCUAAAUGUGGUUUCAUUUUCACAUUGUAAUGUGCUGAUUUUUUAAGAAGUAAAUAAAUUCUUUGAAAAUG